AUGAGCUUUUUGCGUUUCAUUCGUGGUUUUGCUAACACGCAGAAGAACAAAAUUGAAAUCCUCAAAUUCGCCGAUAAGGACGGUGCUUAUCGCAGGUUGCCCUCCCAGUUCCGUAAUGCCAUCUCCAGGGAACCCAAUGCUGAAUUUCCUCCCGACUUGAACAGAUACCACCUUUACGUCUCUUUUGCUUGUCCAUGGGCCCAUAGGGCAUUGCCAGUUUCGGUUGUACACUGGCACAUGGACGACAACGGAUGGAGAUUCCCCACAAAAGAGGAAUUGCUGGGUCUCAAGAACGGCGACAUCUCUGUGGGUACUGCUGAGCCAAAUUAUGGUUUCGAGAGAUUGAAGGAGUUGUAUUUCAAGGCUAACCCGGAAUACAACGGCAGAUUCACCGUUCCCGUCUUGUGGGACAAGCAGAAGGAGACAAUUGUCAGCAACGAAAGUGCUGAAAUCAUCCGCAUGCUCAAUUCCGAAUUUAACGACUUGUUGCCAGCAGACUAUGCCCAGGUCGACUUGUACCCAGAGAACUUGCGGUCCAGGAUCGACGAGAUCAACGACUUGGUCUAUGACAACAUCAACAAUGGUGUCUACAAGACCGGUUUCGCCACCUCUCAGGAAGUGUACGAGAAGGAGGUGAAGAAUGUCUUUGCUCACUUGGACAAGGUGGAGCAGAUUUUCAAGACCAACCAGGACAAGAACCACAAUGACAAGUUUUUGACCGGAACAACCCUUACGGAAGCGGAUGUUCGUUUGUUUACCACCAUUGUGCGUUUCGACCCUGUGUACGUCCAGCACUUCAAGUGCAACAUUGGCAUGAUCAGGCAUCAGUACCCAUACAUCAACGACUGGUUACGUUUGCUAUAUUGGAAGAUUCCAGCUUUCAAGGAUCUGACCAACUUCGAACACAUCAAGAAGCAUUACACCAAGUCGCAUAAGGCCAUCAACCCACACGGAAUCACUCCUGUGGGCCCUAUUCCCGACAUCGUCGUCUUAGGUGCUGGUGGUGUCGGUAAAUCGUCCGUCACUGUCCAAUUUGUACAAGGCGUGUAUGUCGAGAGUUAUGAUCCCACGAUCGAAGACUCCUACAGAAAACUGAUUGAAGUGGACGGCAGAGCCUGUGAUCUAGAAAUCUUGGAUACUGCUGGUGUGGCCCAGUUUACUGCCAUGCGUGAAUUGUACAUCAAGUCGGGCAAGGGCUUCUUAUUGGUAUACUCAGUGACUGACGAAAACUCUUUGACAGAGUUGUUGGCUUUGAGAGAGCAGGUCCUCCGGAUCAAGGACCUGGAGAACGUACCAAUGGUGCUCAUUGGUAACAAGAGCGACUUGGAUGAUGACAGGGUCUUGUCCAUCGAUGACGGUAUCAAGGUCUCCCAACAGUGGGGACUGGUUCCCUUCUACGAAACGUCUGCAAUGUAUAAAACCAAUGUUGACGAGGCAUUCAUAGACGUUGUGAGACAGAUCAUGCUCAAGGAGGCCCAGAUUAGCGCAGAGAAGAAACAGCAGAAGGAGUUGCAGAAACAACAGGCGUUAGAGGGUGACAAGGGCGCCGCUGUUAACGGCGCCGGCAUCGACAGUGAGUCCGUUCUCAAGAGAAAUAGACAGUCAACGGCAUCCAAGAAGUCAAAGAGCCACAGCAAGUGCUGCACCAUCGUCUGA